GUGUGACUCGGGGAAUCCGGAAGCAGCCUGCUGCCGCGGCUGCUAAAGCUUUAGCACUCCGACUUUGGUUUUUCUCUGCGGGUUCUGGCAAGCGGGCUCUGCAGAGUCUCCUCCCUCGGUCUCCGGGGACGGUCCGGCAGCUGUCACGACCCGGGCUGCGGCCUGGUGCCCUGUAGUGGGGCCGCCAUUGGCUGGAGCCAUGCCCACGGCCGCUGCUCCCAUCAUCAGCUCGGUCCAGAAGCUCGUGCUCUACGAGACCAGAGCUAGAUACUUCCUAGUCGGGAGCAAUCAUGCAGAAACGAAGUAUCGCGUCUUGAAAAUUGAUAGAACGGAGCCGAAAGAUUUGGUCAUAAUUGAUGACAGGCACGUGUACACUCAGCAAGAAGUGCGGGAGCUCCUUGGCCGCUUGGACCUCGGAAACAGAACAAAGACGGGCCAGAAAGGAUCCUCUGGGUUGUUUCGGGCUGUCUCAGCAUUUGGCAUUGUCGGUUUCGUCAGGUUUUUGGAAGGCUACUAUAUUGUGUUAAUAACUAAGCGGAGGAAAAUGGCAGAUAUUGGAGGCCAUGCGAUCUAUAAGAUUGAAGAUACAAAUAUGAUUUAUAUCCCCAAUGACUCUGUUCGGAUUACUCACCCUGAUGAAGCUAGGUACCUAAGGAUAUUUCAAAAUGUGGAUCUAUCUAGCAACUUUUAUUUUAGUUACAGCUAUGAUUUGUCCCACUCGCUUCAGUAUAAUCUCACCGUCUUGCGAAUGCCCCUGGAGAUGCUAAAGUCUGAAACCUCCAAGGCGCGCCAGGAGAGCUUUGACAUCUUUGAAGAUGAAGGGUUAACCUCCCAGGGUGGCAGCGGCGUGUUUGGGAUCUCCAGUGAGCCUUACAUGAAGUAUGUAUGGAACGGUGAACUUCUGGAUAUAAUCAAAAGCACUGUGCAUCGCGACUGGCUGCUGUAUAUUAUUCAUGGGUUCUGUGGGCAAUCAAAGCUAUUGAUCUACGGACGACCUGUGUAUGUGACUCUCAUAGCCAGAAGGUCCAGUAAGUUUGCUGGGACUCGUUUUCUCAAGAGAGGUGCGAACUGUGAGGGUGAUGUUGCAAACGAAGUGGAGACCGAGCAGCUCGUCUGCGAUGCUUCGGUGAUGUCCUUUACUGCAGGCAGCUAUUCUUCUUACGUACAAGUUAGAGGAUCGGUUCCCUUAUACUGGUCCCAAGACAUCUCAACUAUGAUGCCUAAACCACCUAUUACAUUGGACCAGGCGGACCCCUUUGCACAUGUAGCUGCUCUUCACUUUGACCAGAUGCUUCAGAGGUUUGGCUCCCCCAUCAUCAUCUUGAAUUUAGUGAAGGAACGAGAGAAGAGAAAGCAUGAGAGGAUUCUGAGUGAAGAGCUGGUGGCCGCCGUCACCUACCUGAACCAGUUCCUGCCCCCAGAGCACACGAUUGUCUACAUUCCCUGGGACAUGGCCAAGUACACCAAGAGUAAGCUGUGUAAUGUUCUCGACCGGCUGAAUGUGAUUGCAGAAAGUGUGGUAAAGAAAACAGGUUUCUUCGUAAACCGCCCCGACUCUUACUGCAGCAUUUUACGGCCAGAUGAAAAGUGGAAUGAGCUUGGAGGCUGUGUGAUUCCCACUGGUCGGUUGCAGACCGGCAUUCUUCGAACCAACUGUGUGGACUGUUUAGAUCGCACCAACACAGCGCAGUUCAUGGUGGGCAAGUGUGCUCUGGCUUACCAACUGUACUCCUUAGGACUGAUUGACAAGCCUAACCUACAGUUUGAUACGGAUGCGGUGAGGUUAUUCGAGGAACUCUAUGAAGAUCACGGAGAUACCCUGUCUCUGCAAUAUGGAGGCUCUCAGCUCGUCCACCGGGUAAAAACCUACAGGAAGAUCGCACCGUGGACCCAGCACUCCAAAGACAUCAUGCAGACGCUGUCCCGAUACUACAGCAACGCCUUUUCAGAUGCGGAUAGACAAGAUUCCAUCAAUCUCUUCCUGGGCGUUUUCCACCCCACAGAAGGGAAACCUCAUCUCUGGGAGCUCCCCACAGACUUCUACCUGCAUCACAAAAACACCAUGAGCCUUUUACCAACGAGGAGGAGCUACACUUACUGGUGGACCCCGGAGGUGAUAAAGCAUUUGCCACUGCCUUACGAUGAAGUCAUCUGCGCAGCAAACUUAAGGAAGCUGACAGUGAAGAAAUUCCACAGAUGUGAAGAGGAGAUAGACAUUCACAAUGAGUUCUUCCGGCCGUAUGAACUGAGCAGUUUUGAUGAUACGUUUUGCUUGGCCAUGACAAGUUCAGCACGUGAUUUUAUGCCGAAGACUGUUGGCAUCGAUCCAAGUCCAUUUACUGUACGAAAACCAGAUGAAACCGGAAAAUCUGUACUGGGAAACAAAAGCAAUCGAGAGGAAGCCGUCUUACAGCGGAAAACAGCAGCAAGCGCCCCACCACCCCCCAGCGAGGAGGCCGUGUCCAGCAGCUCUGAGGAUGACUCUGGCACCGACCGGGAAGAUGAAGGCUCUGUGUCUCAGCGCUCCACUCCUGUGAAGAUGACGGACACUGGGGACAGCACCAAAGUGACUGAGACUGUGGUCCAGCCCAUGAAGGAGGUCUAUGGAAUUAACCUCUCAGAUACCCUGUCAGAAGAAGACUUCGCCAUUUAUGCCAGGUUUGUUCAACUGGGCCAGAGUCAACAGAAACAGGACAGGAGCAGCCAGCAGCCAUGUUCCAGGUGCUCAGACGGUGUCAUAAAAUUAACUCCCAUUUCAGCUUUCUCGCAAGACAACAUCUAUGAAGUUCAGCCCCCAAGAGUAGACAGAAAGUCUACAGAGAUCUUCCAAGCCCAUAUCCAGGCCAGCCAUGGUAUCAUGCAGCCCCUUGGUAAAGAAGACACUGCCAUGUACAGAGAGUACAUCAGAAAUCGCUACUUAUGAAGAAGGCCCUGAGGGAGACAAAGUUGCACUGUUUAGACUGUGAUCUGUUCACUGUUUUCUGUGAAAAGGAAUUCCCUGGAUCUGGAGAUGCAUCUGUGUGACUGAGGACAUAGCGUGCUCUUUCAGGGUCUGAAUUUGGUUCCCAGCAUCCCUGUUGAGUGGCUCACAACCUUCGGCAGCUCCAACUCAAGGGCUCCAACGCUGCCUACUGGAUUCUGAGGGACCUGUACUCAAGUGUGUGCGCACACAAUUAGAAACAGUGCUAAAAGUGAAAGCUUUAAGAAGUGAACCCCCCAAGUCCUUUGUACCUGAAGCUUUUCACGUCUUUGUACCAUGCAAAUUACAAAUUACAGGUAAUAAAGAAAUGGUUGCCUCUGUU